AUGGAUGAUAUUUUUACCCAGUGCCGGGAAGGCAACGCAGUAGCUGUUCGCCUAUGGUUGGACAACACAGAGAAUGACCUCAAUCAGGGGUAAGUCUAACUUUUCAGUACUUUUUAAAAUAAUUUUUUUGUGUGCUCAGAGCCUCUCAAAAACAACAAAAACUGUUUCAGAUGUUGAAUUGCAUGUACAAGAAUGUUAUAUCACCUGCUAUUAGUAUCAAGUCUCAGAAUAAUGUAUGUAUGUAGGCCUAUCUCUUGCAUCACAGAAGCUUGUGACCAGCUAUAAGGACGUCACAUCUCUAUUGGACACACCCUUAGAUGUCAUAAUACACCAAUGACACAGUUGCUUGGAGGAGUCAUUUGAGGGAUUCAGAUAAAGGCAAUAAAUAAUUUGAUGUCUGUUCUUCGCCAAUCCCCUGUGACGUUAUGAGCCUUGAGUUGUGUGCUGAUAAUUAGUUCCACACAACUGAAAUGGGAAAGCUUCCAGAAAUGUACAGAGACCCACCACAUCAUCCCAUGUACAACGAGAGGACAUGGAUCUGUUUUGGUUUACUCGUACAUCAAAAGCUGAUGGCAAACAUUGCUGGGUAAUUAAUUGCACAGUCAUUGUCUUUCUUUUGACGUUGUCGUCGAGGACUGUGACGGUUGUUUAUUGCUGGGCUCCCAGCCAGCCCGACUCCCCAACUCUUUGUGAUCGUGACCUGAGAUUUGAACCCACUUCUUUCCGGUCACGUGACUUGGCCUGGAAUGUGAACUUUUUAAAUGAAGCAAAAGGAUGUCUUGGAUAUAUUUUCACAUGACCACUGCCCUGAAAUCUGUUUGUUAACUUGUUAUUUCUAUUAGGUUACCGGGCAAAGACCAAGAGAAGAUGCAACAAUUACAACAAAUAAUUGGUGUUUCCUGCCUCGUUUAUGUGGCUAUUUUCAUUUGACUCUAUUAUAGACUGCAAAGCUAUAGCCUAGCUCUGAUGGUUGCAUUUGGAGGUCCAUUAGAAAGCAGGCUUCAACAUGCCACCUGGCCUCUUCUACUGUAACUGUCCUCGGGUGACUCAGUAAAGGGAAGCUCGGCUGGGCUUGUCACCACUGAUGGAACUCACAGGCAUUUCUGGAGUAGGGUGACUUUUUAAAAUGUUCUAUAUUCAUGUCUGGUAUCUCUGCAUCCAUAUAUAACUAUAGAGACACAUAAUUGUUGGCCCCAGGGCAUGUUCUCUGAAGCUGUUCUUCUCUGUCUUUCAUGCAGAGGCUUGAUUGUUGUUGAGUACCUUGCUUAGACAUUACAGAGCAUUAUGCCUAGAUAUUUUUACCAGCUUUCAUAGUUUAGUUUUUUAGUUUUGCGUUCAUACUGUUGUAAGUAGCCUAUGGUACACACAUGCAUGGAUUGAUUGUAUUUGUGUGAGUGUACACGGCCGACCGAACACACGUGGCCCUUCUCCAUUAGCCGAUUGCCUGUCAAGUCCUCCUUAUUGGUUAGGGUGAUGUAUAUUUUUCGCAGUGGGGAAAACACAUCCAUACUGGGCCUUUCAGCCCCUGCAAUAACUGUGAUUACAUGGGUUUUUAUAGUUGACUGUACAAACACCCAAAUCCGCAAUGUUGAAUCCCACCAUGUCCUAUAUAUCCCUAUUCCACACUUUCUCAGUGACUGCUUGUGAAAGUAAAGCUGAUUGUGAGGCCAUUUCUCUGUGUCAGUGUAGGUGUGAGACACGGAGUGUAGUGGAAUGCUGAAUGUCCUUACAAGGAAUAACACGCAAGCCUCUAGGGAACGGUCUACAACCCUCCAAAAAUGAACAAGAGAAAGGGGGAAGAGCCAGGGAAUUAUUGUGGGCUGGACAUAGGACACGAAUGUGUGGGAGUGUGUGUGUGACGGGCUGAGAGAGAAUGUGUGUGUGUGGCAGCGUUAAGACAGGCAGCCCAAUUCUGAUCGUUUUUUUUCACUAAUUGGUAUUUUGACCACACCCGGCACUCUGACAACACGUCCUCAGUCUGGGGAGGACAGGGGGACACACAGCACAGUCAGGAGAGAGAGCCAUACUCACAUGUUCUACUAAUACCGGCUGUAACUGAGAUGAUGUUGGCACCUCGUAAUUUAGUAACAUACCUCUGGUGAUGAUGUGGGUGGCAGUGGCCACGUUGACAGAGACGGGGGUCCAAUCUGCUUCUUGUGGUCAUUGGCCUCCAAAGCAUCAUGACUGUGUCCACACUAGAAGACGAGACAGUUAUAUGUUAACAGUAUCCACAGGCAAGGUAAACUGCAUGGUAUAGCUAGCUAGCCAUGUACGCAGCGAACGCAAACAGUCCCGCACAAGCACAGCCAGAUGUUUUACUGCACAGCUAAAUAAACACUGCAUGACCAAAAGUAUGUGGACACCUGCUGGUCGAACAUCUCAUUCCAAAAUCAUGGGCAUUAAUAUGGAGUUGGCGCCCCUUUGCUGCUAUAACAGCCUGCACUUUUCUGGGAAGGCUUUCCACUAGAUGUUGGAACAUUGCUGCGGAGACAUGUUUCCAUUCAGCCAUGAGCAUUAGUGAGGUCAGACACUGAUGUUGGGCGAUUAGGCCUGGCUCGAGUAGGCGUUCCAAUUCAUCCCAAAGGUGUUCGAUGGGGUUGAGGUCAGGGCUCUCGACAAACCGUUUCUGUAUGGACCUUGCUUUGUACACGGGGGCAUUGUCAUGCUGAAACAAGAAAGGGCCUUCCCUAAACUGUUGUCACAAAGUUGAAAGCACAGAAUCGUCUAGAAUGUCAUUGUAUGCUGUAGUGUUAAGAUUUCCCUUCACUGGAACCAAGGGGCCUGAACCAUGAAAAAGAGCCCCAGGCCAUUAUUCCUCCUCCACCAAACUUUACAGUUGGCACUGAAUUUGGGCAUGUAGUGUUCUCUUGGCAUCCGCCAAAACCCGGAUUUGUCCGUCGGACUGCCAGAUGGUGAAGCAUUUUUAUAUAUACAUACUGAACAAAAAAUAUAAACUCAAUAUGUAAAGUUUUGGUCCCAUGUUUCAUGAGCUGAAGUAUAAUAUCCCAUAUGCACACAAUUCUUAUUUCGCACAAAUUUGUUUACAUCCCUGUUAGUGAGCAUUUCUCCUUUGCCAAGAGAAUCCAUCAACCUGACAGGUGUGGCAUUUCAAGAAGCUGAUUAAACAGAAUUAUCAUUACACAGGUGCACCAUGGGCUGGGGACAAUAAAAGGCCACUCUAAAAUGUGCAGUUUUGGCACACAACACAAUGCCACAGAUGUCUCAAGUUCAGCCAUUUAGUUUCUUACUUGUUUCUGACUGAAAAGUACUGUUACCGAAAUCCCUAAUUUGUUUAGGAAAAACAUUCCCUAUUCCCUCAACCCUUGCUCUCUUUAUGUGAAACAUGUAAGCAUGGCAUGCAUGUGACCAAUAGGGCCGACCUAUAGCCUAUCAUAAUCCCGUCAAUAAACAGGCCAAUGUGUACUAGUUGCUCAGGAGGGAAAGGGAAAGUCAGGCUUAGGUGUGGAAACUACUGGAGAUCAGGAAAAGGGGAGGGUAUAGGAGCAAACGUUUUAUGAGUAUUACAGUUGCUGUUAGAUUAAAAUAUUAUAACUUUUUCUGACCAUUUGGAACAAUGUAAACAACACUAAAUAAAUAAGUGUACCAGAGAGUCUGUUCUAACAAAACAAAAUAUAUAUAAAGCCUUUAUUACAGCAGACUGAAAACAGUUGCAUGCAUUUGUGAAUUGCAGUUUAUUUAUUGUUUAGGCUAAAUAUUCAAAGCUCACUUUGUUGUUUUUAUUUUAAAACUAAAAUGCUUGAUUGCAUUUCAAAGCAUGAAUGUCUCUGUAUGCUGUGUGAUUGCAUGAACGAAUGAUUGAUUGAUACAGUGGCCUAUAUAUUGAAAUAUAGGCUUAAGACUAAACAGGUUGCGCUGUUAUGCCUAGAGCUCGAUGGUGGUUAUACAAAGCUACUAUACAAAGCCUACUAAUGAUAACGACAUUCCUUAUUAUUAUAAUGAUGAUCAUAACAAUAAUUGUAAUAAUAACAAUAAGAAGGAGAUGAAGAAAAAGGAGGGUAUAGGAGCGAGAGCUGUGUGCAUGUGUGUGACAAACAGGUGCUGUUACACUACAAUAUUUUUCUGCCUGUUUGGAACAGUGUAAACAACACUAAAUCAAUUAUAAGUAAAACAUCUAAAGCCUUUUAUUACAGUAUAGCAAAGAUUAAAAACAGCCGAAUCUGUGAAAUUGCUUUAUCGGACAUUUUGCCGUUGCAUGAUGCUUGGUGCUCACAGAAUCAGUAGGCUAUUAAACAAACACUAAAACAGGCAACAGAAGCAAGAUCUGUCUUAUUUCUGUAGAUAUGGAUGAUGUAUAAAGCCAGGCACAUUUAACAGUUAGGCUAUUGAUUAUAGACUGAAUUAAGUUGGUAACCUCUCUCCUCAAUUUUCUUAGACAAUUAGGCUAAGGCAAGGGCUGUUUCCUCAUCUCUGCUGCUGCUGCCUCCGCCGCAUUGUUCUCAAUCCCAAUAUGCUGAUUAACUUUGCUAUUAUGCACAUAGCCACAUAGGGAAAGGUGCCAAUUCUUUGUUAUGAGAUAAUAUUAGAUUUAUUAGUGUUGCACCAUUAUUUUUACAUAAUAUAACCAUAUACAAUUUCAGUAUCACAUGUCUUAGAGCGAUGGACUGUGCCAUCCCCACGGCCUCCACAAUGGAUUAGUCCACUGAGACGGGCGCGGAUCAGACCGGUGUCUUGUGCACCAUUAAUAAAAUUAAAGCGACUGCUCGACUAAAGAAAUCUGGGUCGACCAACAGCCUGUCGACUAAAUGGAGUCAGCCCUAGUGGGCCUAUGCCCUCCCAGGUCCACCCAUGGCUGCACCCCUGCCCAGUCAUGUGAAAUCCAUAGAUUAGGGCCUACUGAAUUUAUUUCAAUAGACUGAUUUCCUUAUAUGAACUUGAACUCAGUAAAAUUGUUGCAGGUUGCGUUUAUAUUUUUGUUCAGUAUAAUUUUCGGGAUAGUAAAACACUUUCUGUGCAAACGUAAACGACUAAAACCAGAUAUAAAGUAUGUAGAAAAGAUAAUUAACCAAUAUUUAGAAAAUAAUAAUCUUUGAGAACUAACAAUCACCAAAAUAAAAGCUAGACAGUAUUGAUUUUGAUAGGUUGAUUUUGUUAUGUUUGAGCAAAAGAACACAGCAUUAGCCUUAGCAAAAUGCAUGGAAUUGUAGUAAAUUUGCUUUAAAACGGCAACAUUUUCUCUCAGCUCCAUGGAGAAGUGUGUAGAAUUGCAGGAAAUUGGCUUAAAAAUUCUAACAUUUCUCUACACUGCCAAGAUCGGGGGCCACUAAAGUUUUAUAUUAAAUUCUGCCGGUCUGACCAUGCCCAUUGCCAAGCCCCUGCUUUCCCACCAGUGGUGUGUUUUUACCAAACGGAAGUAGUGCAUAAAAAUCAAAAGUUUUUCCAUCGCAUUUUCUAAUCUACCGAUAGUAUUGUCACAAACUGUUGCAUUAAAUAGCACAUGUGCCUCCUCUGGUCUUGGCAUGCAGAUAUCAUGCGGGUAGGCUGUGUGGGUAGGCUAGUCUACAUGAUGAGGUUAUUAUGGAAUAUAUUUAUUUGUAAAACGGCAGUCAAGCAUCGAUCAUCAUUUCACCAGAAUAAAACCCUCUAUUUAUUGGAAAGGAGCAUCAUGCUCAUCAUCGUGCACUUUCACCACCCUAUGACGUUCAUCAUGAUUGAUUUAAUCUGUAGCCUAAUAAACUGCAUGCUGUCCCGAGUCGUAGUGGGAGGACCACACAACAUAUCAUCGCGUGACUCCAAGUUUACUUCGAUAUGAUGGUUAUUGUAUCAAUAUUUGCGCUUAAAGCCAUUUCCACCGCCAUUUUUCAUCUAGUUAAUUUUACAGACACAAAAUGAUCCCACCAUGUCGAACGAACAAAUUAUCUGUCGCCGUUUUAAAAAAACAUUUUACCGAUACUUUCAGUUUCCAUCACAGCUUUCAUGAUUUUUCUUUUAUAUGGGAUGACUUUAGUGUGGAUGGAAACGUGGUUUGUGUCUGAGUUUUUGCAGUUGCAGAAGGAAUGCACAGGCAGUGACAGAGCCAUAACACCUUCCUCUCAUGCAUUCUUCUGUUUCCUGUACUCCUCUCCCAGUGGUAUUAGAUAGUACCACUCAUUUCCCCUCAACAUUUCCUCAUGAUGGACCAGCUUAUUACAAACGUACGCUAAUGAGUGACGCAUUUUUUUUAAAUGCAGUCUGGAAAGCAGCAUUAGGCUAUUUCUUGGAAGUCUAAUCUUUCAUUUCGGCCUACUCUACCUUACUACUUUUAUCUCUUACACCUAUCUCCGAAUGAACUGAAACUGUACAUCUUUUUUUUGGGUGAAAAGUCCUGCACUGAAGAUCGAAAACUCUUAAAGAUAAUAUUGGCUGCGUUUACACAGGCAGCACAAUUCUUAUCUUUUGACCAAUUACUGGCAAAAGAGCUGAUAAAUUGGUCAAAAUAUCAGAAUUGGGCUGCCUGUGUAAACGCUGGUGGUUCAGACAGUCAGUGGAUUUGGUCCACUUAGCAUAGAAAUAGCCGACACCAGAACAUUACAAACGUGACUCCCUUGCUCUGCCCAACCCCCACUCUUCAUAAUCCCUUGUUUGUGGUGUGUGUGUGUGUGGACUGUUCCCCCAGUCUGCUGGGUGGCAAAGGAGUGUGAACCAUGGCUUUAGGCCUAGUAUCUGUAGCUAUAGUAGAAGCACAUUCAAGAAGAAGGAAUCCUCAACAUGAAUUAUAGUUUAACCUCUAGUCUAGGUGACUACUAAUGUAGAGUUCUGCUGUGGGUGAAAACCUGUCGUUAGGCCUACAGUCCGUGCUGUGACAUACCAUGGUAAUGAGUUACAGGCUCCUUGUUUGGUGAGGAGGGAGGUCGGGUUGUGUACGGUCACGGAGAAUGCUGUUUAUAUUUAAUUCCCUGGGGGAAGGGUGGUAGCCCAUAUAGCGCAGCACCUGACUGGGCAGAGCAGACAGUAGUCUGGGAGGAUCACCAACACAACGUUACGUCUGUGUGAGAGGGGCUGGCCCGGGGCUGGGGUGUGAACUGUAGAGCCAGCUGUACCCUCUGGGCCUUCCCAGCUCCCACUGGAGCCAGCUGUACCCUCUGGGCCUUCCCAGCUCCCACUGGCGCCAGCUGUACCCUCUGGGCCUUCCCAGCUCCCACUGGAGCCAGCUGUACCCUCUGGGCCUUCCCAGCUCCCACUGGAGCCAGCUGUACCCUCUGGGCCUUCCCAUCUCCCACUGGAGCCAGCUGCAACUAAUCCUACUGUAGGCUACAGUCAGACACUAAACAAAUCAUACCUCUUUAAUUGGUAGCUUGACUCUCAUUUCUGUGGAUGGCUCGUUUCUUGUGAGUUAUCUACAGUGUGCAAAUAGACAAGUGUGAUAUAGUGGAUUGACUAAUGGUAGAGUAAAUCUGGGUCAGCCCAUUGAUGUGGGUCAUAUGAUCUCACAGUGAGCUCAGCAUAGAGACAGACAGGGUGUAGACAGGGGCUCUUCCGUCUGUCAAUUUGAGCCCUGUUGGCAGGUGGAACUGCCUGAAGUAACCCAGGGGGAUGGGAUGGGAGAGGGGCAGCCAAUACGGCAGGAGAAAGCCCCUCUGAAGCCCCCUGGCCUGGGCAACCCUGCUGGGAAAGGACGGAGACACCCCCCUCUCCUGGCUCCACUGACUGACUCAUAGCCCUGCACAGGCAUUAAUUUUAAGCCUGAGCCUACCCAUGCCUGCAAUGUUCAGGCCCUACACUACCCAGGCCCGAUCGCUUCUGCCAAAUUUAAGGCCCUGCCCAAAAUCAGAAUGAACUUCCUCCGUUAGGAAAUUCAUUAGCUGCUCCUCUCUGUCUGUCAUUCGCUCCCUGCGCGCAGCUCGCUCUGCAUGCACUCUGCUCAUUGCGGCUCUGAGUCUUUGGGUAUCCAUAGCAACGGCUCUGCUUGGGCUGCUCUGCUCAAUGAAGAGACAUCAGAGACAUUAGAGUUAGCUGUUAGCUACUUUUUGUCACUCUAAACUCAGACAACUCAACAAACAUUAUUUUCUGUGAAUUUUUUAUUUUAUUUUUAUUUUACCUUUAUUUAACUAGGCAAGUCAGUUAAGAAACAUUAUUAUUUACAAUGACGGUCUACACCGGCCAAACCCGGGACGACGCUGGGCCAAUUGUGCGCCGCCCUAUGUGACUCCCAAUCACGGCCGGUUGUGAGACAGCCUGGAAUUGAACCAGGGGGUCUGUAGUGACGAUGCAGUGCCUUAGACCGCUGUGCCACUCGGGAGCCCUCUGGAAAUAAUCUAUCCUGUAGUGGAAUGUACAGUGGGAGAAAAAAGUAUUUAGUCAGCCACCAAUUGUGCAAGUUCUCCCACUUAAAAAGAUGAGAGAGGCCUGUCAUUUUCAUCAUAGGUACACGUCAACUAUGACAGACAAAUUGAGAAUUUUUUUUCCAGAAAAUCACAUUGUAGGAUUUUUAAUGAAUUUAUUUGCAAAUUAUGGUGGAAAAUAAGUAUUUGGUCAAUAACAAAAGUUUUUCAAUACUUUGUUAUAUACCCUUUGUUGGCAAUGACACAGGUCAAACGUUUUCUGUAAGUCUUCACAAGGUUUUCACACACUGUUGCUGGUAUUUUGGCCCAUUCCUCCAUGCAGAUCUCCUCUAGAGCAGUGAUAUUUUGGGGCUGUCGCUGGGCAACACGGACUUUCAACUCCCUCCAAAGAUUUUCUAUGGGGUUGAGAUCUGGAGACUGGCUAGGCCACUCCAGGACCUUGAAAUGCUUCUUAUGAAGCCACUCCUUCGUUGCCCGGGCGGUGUGUUUGGGAUCAUUGUCAUGCUGAAAGACCCAGCCACGUUUCAUCUUCAAUGCCCUUGCUGAUGGAAGGAGGUUUUCACUCAAAAUCUCACGAUACAUGGCCCCAUUCAUUCUUUCCUUUACACGGAUCAGUCGUCCUGGUCCCUUUGCAGAAAAACAGCCCCAAAGCAUGAUGUUUCCACCCCCAUGCUUCACAGUAGGUAUGGUGUUCUUUGGAUGCAACUCAGCAUUCUUUGUCCUCCAAACACGACGAGUUGAGUUUUUACCAAAAAGUUCUAUUUUGGUUUAAUCUGACCAUAUGACAUUCUCCCAAUCCACUUCUGGAUCAUCCAAAUGCACUCUAGCAAACUUCAGACGGGCCUGGACAUGUACUGGCUUAAGCAGGGGGACACGUCUGGCACUGCAGGAUUUGAGUCCCUGGCGGCGUAGUGUGUUACUGAUGGUAGGCUUUGUUACUUGGGUCCCAGCUCUCUACAGGUCAUUCACUAGGUCCCCCCGUGUGGUUCUGGGAUUUUUGCUCACCGUUCUUGUGAUCAUUUUGACCCCACGGGAUGAGAUCUUGCGUGGAGCCCCAGAUCGAGGGAGAUUAUCAGUGGUCUUGUAUGUCUUAUUUUUCCUAAUAAUUGCUCCCACAGUUGAUUUCUUCAAACCAAGCUGCUUACCUAUUGCAGAUUCAGUCUUCCCAGCCUGGUGCAGGUCUACAAUUUUGUUUCUGGUGUCCUUUGACAACUCUUUGGUCUUGGCCAUAGUGGAGUUUGGAGUGUGCCUGUUUGAGGUUGUGGACAGGUGUCUUUUAUACUGAUAACAAGUUCAAACAGGUGCCAUUAAUACAGGUAACGAGUGGAGGACAGAGGAGCCUCUUAAAGAAGAAGUUACAGGUCUGUGAGAGCCAGAAAUCUUGCUUGUUUGUAGGUGACCAAAUACUUAUUUUCCACCAUAAUUUGCAAAUAAAUUCAUAAAAAAUCCUACAAUGUGAUUUUCUGGAUUUUUUUUCCUCAAUUUGUCUGUCAUAGUUGACAUGUACCUAUGAUGAAAAUUACAGGCCUCUCUCAUCUUUUUAAGUGGGAGAACUUGCACAAUUGGUGGCUGACUAAAUACUUUUUUCCCCCACUGUAUAUGCCGUAUACCCACGUAUUCUUCAGUGGGCAUUGAGUAUACUCACUUCUUAAUCCCCACGAUGCGUAUCAAAGUAGUGAGGUAUACGCCGUAUCAAUUAACAAGGCUGAUGGAACAAAUCAGAAUGUUUAGCUUCAAAUGUUGAUAAACCUAUUAUUUCUUCACAUUCUAGGCACAGCAAUGUACACAUGGCGGUAGGUCUAUGUGUGAAUGUUCCUAAAUGCAAUUUGUGGGAAAACACCGUUCUAAAAUGCGCACAGUACGUGAGCGGUUUCAUGGACAGAGAUGGAAAUAUCUGCUAGAAAUGUUGAAAGAGGAGAGAUCUAAAGAUGCAACAAUUAUCAUGGGUCGCUAAUAUGACUAGGAAUAAUGCCUUUGGUUGCUAGACAAUGAAAGAAGUUGAAAGAAAACCAAUAGAACAGGAGAACGCAUAUGAGGAAGCCUUUAUCAAAAAAUUGCCUCCAUGUUUCUAUGGUGGGAUUUUGGCUAUAGGCUACUUUGAUGCAAGGUAAGACAUGCCUCAUCAUAUGAAGUAAAAGGUUCAGGUUUCAAACAAUUAAGGAACAGGCUAAUGAUAGGCCUAACAGUCUUCUGGUAGAGGGAAAGGCUUUCCCAAAAACCUGCUCAAUUAAAUGUUAACUAGCUACAAAGUAGCCUAUGCCUUCCUGGCAGAAUGAUAUCAUGAUUAUUUGCAUCAAUCCAGUGGCCAUUUGUUUUGCGAACUCCAUCUAAUGUGCUACAGAAACACUGUUAGCCAAACAAAUGUGCUAGGUGCCUGUGCACUUUAAUUAAAGGGUAAUUAAACAAGCUCCCUGCCAUCCAGGACAUCUAUAUCAGGCGGUGUGGUAGGAAGGCCCGGAAAAUCACUAAAGACUCCAACCACCCAAGCCAUAGACUAUUCUCUCUGCUUCCGCACGACAAACUGUACCGGUGCAUCAAGUCUGGCACCAACAGGCUCUUGAACAGCUUCUAUCCCCAAGCAAUACGACUGAUAAAUAGCUAACAGAAUAUCUACACGAACUGAGUUUACAUUGUAUCUUCAUUGACCUUUUAUUUCAAUAUUUGCAGUGUCUCAAUGCACACUCACAAAGGCCCUACACACUCACAUACACUGUCACUCCGACAUACACACAAACACUCCAUCAUCUGCUCACUCACACAUAAUAUGCACAUACAUUUAUACUGACUCUACACACCCACACUCACAUACAAGCUGCUGCUACUCUGUUUAUCUUAUAUCCUGAUGCCUAGUCACCUUACCCCUAUACAUAUCUACCUCUAUCACUCCAGUAUCCCUGCACAUUGUAAAUAUGGUAUUGGAACUGACUCUGUAUAUAGUAUGCUUGCUUACUUACUGUGUUCUUCAUAUUUCUUAUUUCUAGUUUUGUUUCUUGUAUUACGUUGUUAUUGAUUCUUGCAUUGUUGGGUUUUGAGUUUGCAAGAAAGGCAUUUCACUGUACUUGUGCAUGUGACAUUAAAACUUGAAGCUUACAUGUAGUUUUCCCAGACCUCCAAAGUAGUCUCCUAAUGUGGUUCAAGCAUUGUUAUGGACUAAGACGACACAAUUGGAUGUUCUUUCUAUUUAACCCUCCCGUUGUCCUAGGGUCAAAAUGACCCGCCACUGUGUUGAACCAACUUUACUUAAUUUUUAUAUUUUUUGGAUCAUUUGUGAGAAGGAGGCAGUGAUACUUUCUUAAAAGUCUCACUGCCUCCUUCUCACAAAUGAUCCCAAAAAUAUAAAAAUUAAAUAAAGUUGGUUCAACACAGUGGCGGGUCAUUUUGACCCUAGGACAACGGGAGGGUUAAAAAAAGUGAUCUGAAAAAUGAGAAGGGGGAGAAAUCUGAAACCUGUGAAUUUCUGAUUCAUUUAUCUGUUUCAAUAGUAGGCCUACUAUUAGCCUACUUUCACAGUACAGCUUGGGUUGGCCUGACUGUGAAAGACCAAUAUGGGAUUUAUCAUUUUAGGUCAUUCACAGUGUAUGUCACUGUUUCUCAUUUAGUUUUUCUUGCGUGGUGCCUUUCCUUCGCCGGAUGGGCCAUUUGGGAAAUGUUUGUCAGAAUUUGAGGAUAACCACAUCUCCAGGCACCACAACACCACUGCUCUCCUGGGUUAAUGACCCACUGAGCGGUUGUUAGGCCACUUUAAACGGCCUGUAUGGACUAUGGCUGCACAAUUAAUCGAAUUCACAUCGAAAUUGCAAUAUUGAAAUGCAAUAUCCAUAUCGCAUGAGAUUAAUAUCGCGUGCAAUAUUUUGAAACACAUCUCAGCUGCAGGUAACAUCCGUUUUAUAGUUUACUUCUUUUUUUUCCUCGCGGCUGCUUCCCACACACACCAAGCCCCGCCCCCUGUCACUCAAGCAGUGCAGUUCCUCCUCCCCACUGUUAGAUUCAAUAUAAAUGUGCAUGCUGUUCUGUUAGGUCAACCGAUUGUUGCAAACUAGAACGAUGCUGCUUUCCACUUUACUUCUUAAUAUAAGUCAUUAUAUUUCUAUGAUUCCAACAGUUCACCAAAGUGCUUUGAUCUAUAUUGUGCAGCCGUAGAAUGAACUGCUGGGAUCAUUGAUUUCAAUUACUGUCCUACUUGAGAUCAUUGUCUGCUGUAAGAGGACAUUGUGCUCAGAACAGAUUUUGCCCAUCUAUAGAAGGUCAUCCACUCAGAUUUUGGGAUGGUUUGUGUCAGGGAAGGCAGGGUCUCUGUAGGCCUCAUUGAUGCUGUUUUCCCUGGAACACAGUCUCCUGUGUGUUUGUUGUGGAAGUGGAGGGUUAGGACUCCAGGAAGGGGGCUGCUUUCAUCACAAUACUCUCUCAGUUCUAACCCUCACCCUCCGUUCUCAACCACCAGAUCUAAACAUUCAGCACUUUUCUCUCUCACUGUCGUCUUUCUAGCAAGUGCAGCAUGAUUUAAUAUAUACGCAGAGCGUCAUACAUCUUGGCAGAAAUCACAAGCUCAUCAGAGCCCUAUGGAAUUCUUCUGACAAUCAGGAAUGAGUGGAGAAUGGAACAUUUCAUCUUCAAAUUCCUCUCCAGCUGUUGCUCUACGAGUUGACUGGCUGAGCGAGAGGGAAAGAGAGAAGGAAAGAGGGAGGGAGAUAGUGGUAGAAGGGAGGGUAGUGGAGAAGUUUUGGCGAGUGAAGGAAGGAUCUGUGGUGGGGGGCUGAGGUGAUGAAGGCCAGUGACAGGAGAACGCAGCAGGGGCCAGAGAAAUGCAGGAUGACAAAACACAUAGCAGCUGGGGAGUCGUGUGUGUGUGUGUGUGUGUGCCCCUGGUGAAGGAAGUCUCCCCAACCCUUAUAAGGACUGCAGAGAAUGAUUGGCCUGCUGUUGUUUUAGUCUCCCUUUCCUGACUGCCUCACUACUAUACGCUGUCCAGCUCUCCCUCUCUGGCCCCCUUUCCUGACUGCCUCACUACUAUACGCUGUCCAGCUCUCCUUCUCUGGCCCCCUUUCCUGACUGCCUCACUACUAUACGCUGUCCAGCUCUCCCUCUCUGGCCCCCUUUCCUGACUGCCUCACUACUAUACGCUGUCCAGCUCUCCCUCUCUGGCCCCCUUUCCUGACUGCCUCACUACUAUACGCUGUCCAGCUCUCCCUCUCUGGCCCCCUUUCCUGACUGCCUCACUACUAUACGCUGUCCAGCUCUCCCUCUCUGGCCCCCUUUCCUGACUGCCUCACUACUAUACGCUGUCCAGCUCUCCCUCUCUGGCCCCCUUUCUAUUUCGCUUUCCUUUUCACGCAUGCGUUCUCUGCCUGGGCUGCGUUCAGUAUGAAAAAAACUUAGUGAAAUGUUCAAUUAAACGGUUCCUGUGCUGUUCUGAACGACCAGUUGGAGAUGCUGAGGUUGGGGAACGCUGUCAGCAUGGCCGCUGCCCAUUUUAAAUAUGUCACAUUGCUUCAAGCCACAACCACCAAACAGAGCGAACAUAUCUCAAAGUCUGUUCAAGAACGUUGAAGAAAGUUUUCGAGAAACGCGUCAUUCAGUACAAAGCGUUACGCAACGUACCAAACGUUAAAUCGAACUGAACACACUAACCCUGCUCUCUUGCCGCUCUGUCUGGUUGACUGUCAUUGUCACUUAUGGUAGUCAAGGUCAUCGCUGGGAUGCUGUAGUGAGGAGGCGUCACUCCUGUCCUGUCACUGAGGCCAGUCAGGCCACUGUCCUUACAUGUGUUUCUGUCACUGACUAAGGCAGAGUGACAGGCCUAUGCUGUAAGUAGCAGUAUCUCACAUCCUUUAGUACUGAGAAUCCAGAUAGGCCUACACCAUUACUCAGCAGGAAAGAGUCCUGCGAGGAAGUUUGUUCUAUACUGCUGUUAUAUUACAGGGUUGUGUGGUCUCAUAUUUUUAGCCUCUGGUCAUUUUGCAAAUAAACAUGUUUUAAUUUCCCUUUCCUCAUUGCUAGUAGUAAACAGUCUGUGGUGUGAUGUUAAAGUGGUGCAGUAUUCUGUCCUCAGGGAUGACCAUGGCUUCAGUCCUCUCCACUGGGCGUGCAGGGAAGGCCGCUCCAGCGUGGUGGACAUGCUCAUCAUGAGAGGGGCUCGCAUCAACGUCAUGAACCGAGGAGAUGACACGCCCCUGCACCUGGCCUCCAGCCACGGCCACAGAGACAUCGUGGGCAAGGUGGGGCGGAGUGGACACACACUGCACACACACUACUUACAUACACAUACACACAGACACAGAAACACUUGAGGUCAAUUAUAUAAUUUGUAAAUUAAGGUCUCUUUAGGUUGAUAUAGCUUUCCCUAUAAAAGCCCAGGAAGGAACUUAUGAAACUUAUGUGGUCCUCUGUAGCUCAGCUGGUAGAGCACGGCGCUUGUAACGCCAAGGUAGUGGGUUCGAUCCCCGGGACCACCCAUACACAAAAAUGUAUGUACGCAUGACUGUAAGUCGCUUUGGAUAAAAGUGUCUGCUAAAUGGCAUAUUAAACCAGAGUUGAUGGCUGCCCAACACCCAAACUCACUGCUUGGUUAACACUUGUCUGCUCUUGUUGCAGUGCUGACGUCAGUCAUAGUGCUGACAUCACUCAUUUCAAAGGGAGAAAACACUGGCACCAUUUCUCAUAGUGUUGGGUGGAUAUUGUUUUUAGACUGUACCCAGUUGCAACAUAGCAUCUUCAACUCAAGCCUAAGCAAGUCAGUGUAACACUUUGACACACACACACACUGUGAUUUGCCAUAGGUAAUCAAGUCAGUGUUAUCUUUCUUUCUGGUCCUUCUAGUUACUCUCAAAUCUUAUGCUAUUCAAUGAAGUAGUGUAAGUCUGCUAUGAUAGGUUUCUGGUUUCGUAGCGCUGCAGACCACGGGUAUGAUUUGGUUUAAAAUUAGACAUGUCACAAUACCUCUGGAAUGUGUGAGCAGGCAGGAUACAUCAUUUUUCAGGCCUGCCAUAGGUGGAUUACUAGCAUCACUGUAUAUAAUCCAAACAGGAUCUGGACAGCCUUGUGUUGUGUCUAAUCUAAUCUUGUGGUUCUGUCUCCUAGCUGAUCCAGUGCAAAGCAGACGUCAACACUGCCAAUGAGCACGGCAACACACCACUGCAUUACGCCUGCUUCUGGGGACAGGACCUUGUGGCUGAGGUCAGUAUGCCCCCUGGUGGCCUACUCUGGUUACUGUCUCUGUUUCUAUGGGAACAACAGCUUGUUAUGUCCCACUGGAGUUAUGUUGAUGUCUGUCUUCCUCAGGACCUGGUGACUAACGGCGCUCAGGUGAACAUCUGUAAUAAGUAUGGAGAAACUCCUCUGGACAAAGCCAAACCUCACCUGCGUGAAGCCCUCCAAGGUAUUCAAAAUCCCAUUACCCUGCACCAUCCAUUGUUGGCAAGAAAACUGUGAUUAUUAUCUGUGUGUUAGCCCUGUUCUUAUGCACCUAAUCAAUGUGUGCUUUGUGUUCGCCCCCCUCUCAGAGAAAGCAGAGAAGUUGGGCCAGAGUUUGACCAAGGUCCCCUUCAAGGACACAUUCUGGAAAGGCACCACCAGAACUCGACCGCGUAAGUCCCACAGCCACAAAGCCAUUUACUAGCUGCCAGGUUUUCAUUACUAUGCUCUGGGAAAAUAAGAAGUGAAUAUCAGGCACAGUUCAUAGGAAUGAAUGAACUUCCAGUAAAUGUCCCACUGAGGUCUCUUUGGUAGUCCCCAAUGUGCCUGAUGAAAUUUCAGUGUGCUAAAUUGUGCAGAAAUAAUAGGGCUUUUUGCCAGACCUAGGGCUUAAGCUUUGCUCUUCAACUCUGUCCUCUGUGCGUCAAUGCGUGCAGGUAACGGCACUUUGAACAAAGCAGCGGGCAUUGACUUCAAACAGCUCUCCCUCCUGGCUAAGAUCAAUGAGAACCAGUCUGGAGAGGUAUGGAGGUGUUGUUUCUACAUGACUGCUGUUGUGUUUUAUCUGUUACUGAUGUCCACAAUGACGCCUGUUACAAAGUGAUCGAUCUCUGAAACACUGAUAUGUUUUGCAUGAAGUUGUACUGUAUAUUGUGGAGGCUGUGCUGGAACUUUGUCUCAAUCCUUCUGUUUCUUUAGUUGUGGCAAGGCCGCUGGCAGGGGAAUGAGGUUGUGGUGAAAGUGUUGAAGGUUCGUGACUGGUCCACCAGAAAGAGCAGAGACUUCAAUGAGGAGUAUCCCAAACUCAGGUAAUAACUUUUUACCUGCUUAUUGUUCAUUGUAGGUGUAUUUUCUCCUGUUCUGUGGAUAUCAUGUCUGUCUUCCUCUUGUACCUUUUUAUGUACUGACAUGUUGAUCUGUAUGGAAGUUAUUUUGGUUUGGAUUGUCCCUCAUAUGUCCCAUCCUAUAUGUAUAUUUGUCUGUCUCAUUCCCCGUGUCCCUCUUCCUCUGGGCCCAUCCCAGGAUAUUCUCCCACCCCAAUGUGCUGCCCAUGUUGGGAGCGUGUCAGUCUCCUCCCGCCCCUCACCCCAUCAUCAUCACACACUGGAUGCCCUAUGGCUCCCUCUACAACGUGCUUCACCAGGGCACCAGUGAGUACCACAUUAACCUGCACUGUACUAAAACCUUCCAAUGUGGGACAGUACAUCGAGAUAAGGUUAUUGAUUCAUAGAAUAUGCCUGGACGUCUGUUUUAAAGCUUUGACGAAGGCCUUGAGGCGGAUACGUAAAGCUUAUUAAAGAGCAGUGAUACUAUCAAGAGCAGUGAUACUAUCAAGAGCAGUGAUACUAUCAAGAGCAGUGAUACUAUCAAGAGCAGUGAUACUAUCAAGAGCAGUGAUACUAUCAGGAGCAGUGAUACUAUCAAGAGCAGUGAUACUAUCAAGAGCAGUGAUACUAUCAAGAGCAGUGAUACUAUCAAGAGCAGUGUGCGGGUUUCUUCUUUUUUUCUCUCAAAGUGCAGGCUUAAGAAAUGGAAAAGAUAUAGCUAUUCAUAUGACUAUACUACUUACCAGAGAAUGAGUACAACGUUACAGCUGAUGUGUGAAAAUGACUGACAUGGAUCUGUUGUCUGUCAGACUUUGUGGUUGACCAGACACAGGCGGUGAAGUUUGCUUUGGACAUUGCCUGUGGGAUGGCCUUCCUGCACACGCUGGAGCCCAUGAUCUCUCGGCACUCUCUCAACAGCAAGAGCGUCAUGGUGAGAGACGGACACAAAUGAACAGUAGAAAUUCACUACAGUGAUGUAGUUGUCAGGUGUUUCAAUCAUGCUUCUUAUGCCUUUGUGUUUGAGACCCACUGUUAUAAUGACCUGAUAUUCCUUCAGAUCGAUGAGGACAUGACAGCCAGGAUCAGCAUGUCAGACGUCAAGUUCUCCUUCCAGUGUCCAGGCAGGAUGUACUCCCCAGCAUGGGUAGCCCCUGAAGGUACAUUACACACUCAUCAACUUUCUCUCUAUUGCUUACUGCUUUUCACCUUGGAGAAUGUAAAUAUUUGCUUUAUGUGACUGUAAGGUAUACAACUCCUACAACUAUGAACCUAUGAAUCUAUGUGCUAUGUGUGUAAUCCUCUCUCGCUCUCUGUCUGUCCUGUGCCCAUGUAGCCCUACAGAAGAAGCCUGAGGAGAUCAACCGGCGGUCAGCAGACAUGUGGAGCUUCGCUGUGCUGCUGUGGGAGCUGGUGACCAGGGAGGUGCCCUUCGCUGACCUCUCCAACAUGGAGAUCGGCAUGAAGGUGAGACCGCUGCAGCUCAGGGUGCUAGUUAUAGGAUUCGUUACAACAUCGGAAUCUCAAAACACAAGUCUCAGUUUAGUCUUGUCCUUCCCAUAGUGUCUCUGACAUGGUUCUCUCUCUGUUCUGCCAUCAGGUGGCCCUUGAAGGCCUGCGGCCCACCAUCCCUCCGGGCAUCUCACCCCACAUCUGCAAGCUCAUGAAGAUCUGCAUGAACGAAGAUCCAGCCAAGAGGCCUAAAUUUGACAUGAUCGUGCCCAUCCUGGAGAAAAUGCAGGACAAGUGAAAACUGCUUUUUUGCUCUGCCUUGAAUGACCCUCCUAAACCCCAGAUAUUUUGCCUCCCAUAUAAUCCAGAGAUGUGGUGUUUACCAGUAAUGCCUUAGACUUACUCUCACUACUUACCGCUGCCCUCAAUGCCACCGCAACUUAAGCCUCUGAGAACGAAAACGGCGACACACUUGUUUUAUUCUUGAUUAUGAUUUUUAUUUUUUGCUAUCAUCUCUUGACUUAUCAAGACAAGUUUUUAUCAGUACGUUCAUCUACGUCACUUUCUCAUCGCGUCCAUGCUGGAGCUAAGAAUUGACUGUUCCAACUGUUGUGUUCUAAUCAUGUGGACUGAGUACAAGCCUCUAUAUGUGACUGAAUAACCUGUGGAGGUCAGGAUGACAAUCUGUCUGUUGCACUGCUUCCUUUCUUUACCUCUGGAGGGGGUCUCAUUAUCUAGGGGUCAGACACUGUGUAAAGUGACCUGCAACCUGUUAUUGCUGAUAAUGAAAGCUCUUACGAAAACAGUAUGUUGCUGUAUUAUCCUGAAGCUUGUCUUGUGGAACUAAGUGUGUGGCUGUAUGGCUUGUUUCCUCCUCUGUUGUUUCAAGGGCAUGUUGUAUGUAUGUAUGCAAACAGGGUUAUAGGACUGCUCCUGCUAUUAGACUAUUUAUCCGAACAAGCAUUUCAAUGUCCAGUAUUCUUCAGGAAGUGCAGGGGAAUGAGCAGAACCACUUUUUAUAUGUGCGCUACUUUGUGUUGCAUCAUUCAAAUUUGAUUCCAAUGGAUGUUGAAAGAGGGAACUACCUUCACAGAUUGGGAGGUCAGAAGUAUAAGGUUCGGUUUGCUCCUACCAGAACUCGGCUAGGCGAAGCGAACGUCUGUGCCGCACAUUCUCCCUUGCUUGAAAAACGACAACAAAAAAAGCGCCAAUAUUACUGUUUGUCCCUUUUUCUAUAGCCAUACAACAACUUAGCCUAAACACUUCCUCAAAAUAGUGUGAAUUAAUAUAAGAUACAUCAAGAAAUCUAAUUAAUGUUGACCU